GGCCCUUGUCUUCUGUUGUUACAUUUGGUGUCGCUGCCUACCGACAAAUGAAAAGUCUAUACCCUGCAGUUUUUGAUGGAGACAUAUGGAUCUUCGGGCAGGACUUCAAGGCUUCUGCGCAGUCGAGUGGCGUUCAAAAUCUGUCAGCGAUGGAGCUGCUACUUGAGACGCUGCUGGGAGGUCGGGCGAAAGCAGCAUAUGAAGGUGUGGGCCGAAGUAUGGACGAAUGUUCGACAGGGUCAGGCAAACAGUUUCCAAAGUGGGAAGGACCAUAUAUGGUCACUUCGAGAUGGGGUUACGCAGACACAGUCGCAAUGGCGAACAAUGAGAGGCGCGUGAACGUCAGCGAGCUCCAGAAAUGGAUACAGCGAGACAAGCCAACGAUGACGCCUGCACCAAGUAGAUCAAGCCGACUUCAGUCGCACGUAUUUGACGGGGGGACGAGUGUGGUGAGAGCAGGCUGCUAGCCGAUUGGUUGGCACUAAUCUACGUUAAGGUCUAGGUCACUAAUAUGGGCCGUGAACAAGGCUGAGUCAACAACCAAUCACAGCGAAGUUAACGUGGCAAAAUAUGAUUCGCAGAUAGAGAACUCUGUUUGUCAAGGAAUCCCGAAACAACCAAUCAGAAGCCUGCGUUUGUCUACCUAAACAACCAAUCAGAUGACUGCGCUUGUCUAUAAUAAUGUUGUCUGAAAUAUGUAUAAAUACGUGUUGAUUUUCAUAAUAAAACGAUCUGUUGCCUGGCCCUUGUCUUCUGUUGUUACAC